AGAUGCUCCGUUCUUUCGUCCAUUGGUGAUCUGCCCCCUCUUCUUCUUCCUUUCUUGCGCUUCGUCUCUCUCUGUCUCUGUUUCUCUCUCUCUAUCGCUCGCUCGGCUUGAAAAGAUGUUGGCGGUGUUCGAGGAAUCGGUGGCGAAGAGCCCACAGGAGCUCAAGAGCCCAGUCUCUGAUGACGCCUCCCUGAAGAACGGCAGGGCUCUGAUCGACUAUUUCGCUUCCAAUGCAAACGGAAGCGUCGCCAUUAAUCUCGGCAGCUCUGGCUCCCUGGCCUACAGCACCGAUCGGCAGAACCCUCUUCUCCCCAGGAUGUUCGCUGUGGUGGACGACAUAUAUUGCUUGUUUGAGGGUCAUCUUGAUAACAUUACGCUUAUGAAGCAGCAGUAUGGAUUGAGCAAGACUGCUAAUGAAGUAGGCAUAGUUAUUGAAGCUUAUAGGACCCUAAGAGAUAGGGGUCCUUAUCCUGCAGACCAAGUUGUCAGAGAUCUUCAUGGGAAAUAUGCUUUUGUCAUCUUUGAUGCCUCCACCAAAACUUCCUUCAUCGCUCUGGAUGCGGAUGGGAGUGUGCCAUUCUUCUGGGGAACUGAUUUGGAAGGUCGUCUUGUCUUCUGUGAUGACUCUCAGCUCAUCAAAAUGGGUUGUGGGAAAUCUUUCGCACCGUUUCCAAAAGGCUGUUUCUUCACCACCUCUGGAGGCUUGAAAAGUUUUGAGCACCCACUGAAUGCGUUAAAGCCAAUGCCCAGGGUGGACAGUCAAGGCCAGGUAUGUGGUGCAACUUUCAAAGUAGACUCGUCGGUGAAGAAGGACACCGGCAUGCCUCGAGUCGGUAGCGCAGCUAACUGGUCCUCACAGUUCUGAGCGUGGUUUCGCACCUUGAAUGAAAUCGGCGUCUUCAUUACUAUAGUUAAUAGUCUUUUACCUCUCUUUGCCACAGUCUGCUUGGUGGUGCACCACACUGACCAAAAGCUGUCAUCUGGACAUUUUUUCUUGCCCUGACAUGUUGUGUCUCCACUUUUAGUCUGUUUCUGCUCAUCUACGCCACGUUGUGCGGAUAAACUACACUGCAUGGAUAUCGACUUCAAUAACAACCAUGGUUUUAUGAA